AUUUUCAAAAAUUGGUCACACUAUUCCGCAGCUGUUUGCGUGGACAAAAUAUUUUGGAAAAUGAAUGAGUCUGAGAUUCCCAUUGACAUUCACACGCUGAAGCUGCAGGAUUGGCUGGUCAGCAGGAGGAUCGUCCCGAAGAAUGUGCAGCGAGAAAUUAAGGAGAUUCACACAAAAAUUAGCAAUGCCCUCCAGGAUAUGCCUUCCAACGAGCAACUCAUCAAGCUAUUGGCCAGAACAAACAUAAACUACUACCAUGUAAAGGAAAUAAUAGAGAUCCUGAAGCAAACGGAGAAGGAUACAAAGAGUGUGUUUGGAACCUAUGGAAGUCAGCGUAUGAAGGAUUGGCAGGAGAUCUGUCGGCUCUACGAAAAGAACGCCACAUACCUGGCCGAGACGGCCCAGAUCUUUGUGCGAAACGUCAACUAUGAGAUUCCCGGGGUGCGCAAGCAAAUGACCAAGUUGGAGCAGCAGACCGACGAGAGCCUAAAGCGAGCUCAAGACCUGAACAAGCCCGAGACCCAGUUCUUAUCCGAGCACGCCGCUCUUUUGGACCAAUUAGGCGUGAAGGGCGAAAACUUGCAUACAGAGUUCUUGGAGGUGCUGUCUGGUCUGCCCGAUCUGUAUGCCAAGUCGCUGCAGGGAAUCGGAACCAUUCAGGCGGGAAUCGACCUCUACGCUGAGGUUAGCGGCCACAAGCAGCCGCUGCCCAUUUUGAGCCAUUUGGUGGAGUUCGGAAACACCACUGUGUACCAGUACAUUCACAAGGAAGCACCGCUGGUCGUGGAGGAGCCUCCAAUUAGACUUAACCUCAGCGAAGGCGCCGCGCCGAAGGAUUCGGAUAACGCAGCAAAUGAAAUUGACUUUGGUGCUAUCGAUUUUGGCACAGACGACAAUGGUGGGACAUCUUCCACCGUCUCGGCGGAGAUUAUCGAUUACGGGGACUUUGGAAACGUGGACAUGCAGGAGAAUGAUGGCGGUGGUAUCGACUGGGGCAUCGAGAGUGCUCCCACCGAUGCCGUGGAAAUAAACUUCGACAUUCCGGUUGAGGAGUACGGAAUAGUGGUGGAGGGCACCGGCAUGGAUGGUGGCACAGCCAAAGGGGAUCAGGCCUACACCUUGCUGGACUCUCCCAACUAUCGGGAUAGGUUCUUGGAUGAAAUCUACGAACUGGAAUCAUUCCUGAAGCUGCGUCUUUACGAACUCAAGCAGUUGGAGUCCUCCAGUGACAUCAUGUUCUCCCUAAUGGAUAACAUAGCCACGCACGAUGCGGAGAGCAUCAACAAGAUCCUGCGGAAUGUCGAGAAGCUCAUCCAGCAGACCUCCGACGAGCAGACGCGCCAUCUCUUCCAGCUGAAGCACUCGCCGAAAUACGCCAACCUGCUGGCCAGCAAGCUGCAGCAGAUGACCAAGGCCGUGGAGAAGCUUCGCUCCAACCGAGAAGCCCUCAAGAAGCGGGCCGUCGAGCUGCGGGAACAGCGGCAGGAGUUGAAUCCUGUACUGGAGGAACUGAUUGCUCAGACCCGGACGCUGCAGGGCCAUAUUGAAAAGGACAUCUCGAAGCGCUACAAAAAUCGGGUGGUCAACCUAAUGGGGGGUGUUAACUAACUAAAAGCUGUUACUAAUUUUCAAAAAUAAACGGUCAAUUGGGAAGUACA